GCUACAUCAAAGUGAAAGGCAGAUAAAGCUGAUGAAGGAAGCAGCCCCGAAAGAAACUCACCUUUAAACUCACCUACGGAAUGGAGGCUGGUCACAGCUGCCUGUCAGCAUAAGCAGGAAAAAUGGCACCCAAAGCCGAUGCCAAAGGGGCCGAAGAUGCCAAAGGGGCCAAAGAUGCCAAAGGGGCCAAAGAUGCCAAAGAUGCCACGGGAGCCCAUCCAGAAGGCACAGUUUGGGAGCGUCUCAAGGCAUUUUCUGAAACGAUGGCUGCACAAAUGGUUGCCCUUGUGGUGUGCAUACUUCUUUUUUGCCUCGCACUUGCAGCAAUUGCUUUGUAUGUUCGUCAGAUUAAUAAAACAAUGCCAAUACGUAAAGGAUUGAAAGGCAUAGAGGCGGAAAUGCUACAUCAGUACCCGAACCUUACAGGAAUGAGCACUCUUGAAAUACUCGAUGAAGCCCUGAAGUUAUCAGAAAUACUAAUAAGGCAAAAACGGAGGAAUGCUGAGAUAAUGUCAGAUAUCUUGGAUACUAGGACAAAACUCCGAGGCCGAUGGAGGCAAAAAUUUGUCAAUAUCUUUUAUGUCUCCUUUUCUGCUAUAUCUCGGGAUGAAUGUGAUGCUGAUUGUAAAAAAGAAGAUUCCGAAAUUGUUCCUAUUGGAGAUGAAGCGACUGAGACAUAUCUAGAAGAUAUGCUCGUAAAGAGGCCAAGACGUUAUUGGAUUGGACUCAGAAAUUAUGGUACAGAUGGUAAUACCAACUGGAAAUUUACUGAUGGCCUACAACCCAAACAAACAUUCUGGGCACAUGACGAGCCAAAGUUACAUACUGGAAAUUGUGUUGUACUUGGAUUCCCGUGCACUCCUCUUCAAUGUUGGUUCUCAGAAGAAUGUUCUCAAACAAAAAGAAGAUGCAUCUGUAGAAAAAGUGCUAAAAUAAGGUGGUUCAGGACAAGCUCAAUAAACGUCUAAGUUAUCUCAAAAUGAUGAAAUAGCUGAAAUAAUUAACUGAAAUGAAAUGGGAGUUCACAAUUGAUGUGCAAAAAGAAGAACAAUGUGGAAGAACAAGUAGAAAAGUUCAGCUUGAGCAUAAAUAAAUGUAUG